UUCGCUUUCGAGCGGGUCAGUUGGCGCACUACCGCUCGAAGUGGACGGAAAUGGGAGCGCCAGAAAUUGUUCUAAAAUUAAUUCAAGGGUAUCGCAUACCAUUUAUCAAAAAACCGCCUCUGAUAUACCCAAAUCUAAUAAACGGGCCGUUCCAAACGCCUGUUUCAAAAGAAAUGUCUGCAAUAAUAGACAAAAUGAAAUCUCAGGGUAUUCUAAAAGUUGUUCAACUCUCACCGAGCUUCGUCUCCCCUCUAUUUUUGACACCAAAGCCCGACGGGUCAUCUCGACCCAUAUUCAAUCUGAAAAUGUUAAACAAAUUUGUAAAGGCCCAACCAUUCCAUUUAAUAAAUAUGAAUCGCAUCCCAGACUUCUUGCAACCUCAAGACUGGAUGUGCAAAAUAGACCUAUCGCAGGCAUAUUUUCACUUAAAAAUUUCAAAGUCACACAGGCGCUUCCUUCGCCUCAUCUACAACCAAGAACUGCUAGAAAUGACUUGCCUUCCAUUCGGUUUAAGCACUGCACCCAAAACGUUCUCAAUACUAACGAAUUGGAUUGCCCAAAUAUUACGAGAACGCUGGGACAUCCGAAUCAUAGUCUAUCUCGACGACUAUUUAAUAGUAAAUCAGAAUGCUCACGUCCUACGAGAUCAUGUGCAAAUCACAUUAGAUACAUUACAAGAUCUUGGUUGGCAAGUAAAUUUCGAGAAAUCUGUUCUUUAUCCACAAAAAACUAUAACAUAUUUAGGGAUAUUGUGGAAUCCCUGGGACAAUUUAAAAUCCCUGCCAAAAGAAAAGACUUUUUCGUUUAUCAAAAAAGUCAGUUCAGUUCUCGAUCAAGGGAUGAUAUCUGUAAAAGAGUUGCAGAAAAUUACAGUCUCCUAAACUUUGCCAGCUACGUUGUCCCUCGGGGCCGACUCAAUCACCGGCAACUAUUAAUGUUCAUGACCUCGCUACCAGAACAUGCAUCGAAAUCCUACCCACUAACACAAAAUGUUCAAAACGAACUGGAAUGGUGGAUUCGCAAUUGUCAGGCAUCAACACCCCUACAUUAUCCCCCGCCAGUACACUUCCUGACAACAGAUGCAUCAAAUCAUGGGUGGGGAGCUCAACUGAACAAUCUGGCUGUGUCGGGCAAUUGGUCGCAAGAGGAACAGACAUUGCAUUCCAAUCAAAAAGAAAUGCUAGCCAUAUUACGCGCCCUCGAAGACAACGCUCACCUACUCCGCAACAGCUCGAUCCUGAUACAAUGCGACAACAGGACAGCCGUCAGCUACUUAAGGAACGAAGGAGACGCACCUGAUCGACACAUCGACGGGGCUUCCACCCCCACAAGUACAGAAAAUCGUCCUCGAAGUUUGGAAAUGUGGGGGUGGUCCGAGGCAGUAGAAACAUGGACCCCUGAACAACGGUUAUUGCUCAAAAAUUCCUGGCGUAAAUCCACCUUGAAAACAUAUGAGGUAGCGUGGAAACGUUGGACUUCCUGGUCAAUGUCUAAAAACAUUGACAUGCAUAAUCCUACAGGUACUCAACUAGCUCAAUUUUUAUCUGAUUUACAUCUCAUUCAUAAUUUAUCAUAUAAUACAAUUAUUUUACAUAAAUCUGUUGUUUCCACCUUAUGUAAUGCUGAAAGGUCGAGUCAAUUAAGUUCACAUGUUCUUGUAAAGCAUAUUUUAAAAUCAAUUGCUCUAAAAAAUCCAAAGUGUGCUAAGCCACCAAUUUGGGAUAUUAGUCAGUUAAUUACCUAUCUAAGCAAUUACACUGUAAACGAAAAUAAUAUCUUUCAAAUAUCACGCCAUACUGCGAUUAUUUUACUACUCUGUUCAGGCAGACGCAUCCAUGACUUAACACUGCUACAAGUUGAUCCCGACCAUUAUAUUAAAUCAGAUGACAGUGUUACAUUAUGGCCUCAAUUUGGUUCAAAAACAGAUUGUAGUACUCGCAGACAGUCUGGCUGGAAACUUCUUACAAACCCCAACAAUAGUAAUCUAAAUCCUAUAUUCUGGUUAGAGAAAACUGUACAAAUAUUACACGAAAGACGUAAAGCUUCAAAAUCAUUUAAUUUGUUUAUUACAGUCAGAGGUGCACCAAAACCUGCUUCACGUACUGUCAUCGCAGGCUGGGUUAAAACCCUUUUCAAAGAAGCUGGUAUCAUAGCAACUCCCGGGAGUACACGUUCUGCAGUAGCCUCUAAAAGCUGGCUAGAAAAUCAUCCCCUGGACGAAAUCCUAUCUCGAGGAAACUGGCAAUCUGCUAAAACAUUCCAGAAUUUCUACAGAAGAGAAGUGAUAAGAAGUGGUGAUUCAAAUCUAAAUGUUUCUGAAUUGUUUAAUCCAGUUAAUUAAUUAAUAAUCAAUACAAACUUUAUUUAUUAUUUUUUUGUUAUAGGUACUUUUGUUCUGUUAUUAGAUCACCAAAUAAUAAAUACUCAUAUGUACCUUUCUAUGUUUAAUAAUAAAUAUAUUUAAUUAUAA